GCGGGCGGUUGGGCUGGCCGGCCGGCCGUGAGGGAAGCUCGGCGGGACCGGGGACCGGGCAGAGCGCGCGCGCGAAGGGGCGCCCAUGGUGUGGCCUCAUGUCUAAGACGCUGCGGAGGAAGCGCCACUGGCUGAGCAAGGUGCAGGAGUGCGCCGUGUCCUGGGGGGGCGGCCCCGGCCCGGACCCUGACCUCCUGCGCGGGGGCGCCGAGCGCGGAGAGUUCCCUUACCUCGGGGGCCGCCUCCCGACGCUGGCCGAGUCCGGAGGCGGCGGGAGUGGCCCCGUCCUGCUCUCGGGGAAGCCCCCCGCCCCGGGGGACGUGCUUCUGGAGGUGAACGGCACCCCGGUGAGCGGCCUCACGCACCGAGACACCCUGGCCGUCAUCCGCCACUUCAGGGAGCCGGUGCGCCUCAAGACCGUGCGGCCAGGCAAAGUCAUCAACAAAGAUUUGCGUCACUAUCUAAGUCUGCAGUUCCAGAAAGGUUCGAUUGAUCAUAAACUACAGCAGGUGAUCAGAGAUAAUCUCUACUUAAGAACAAUCCCAUGCACUACAAGAGCUCCCAGAGAUGGGGAGGUCCCUGGGGUGGACUAUAAUUUUAUACCUGUUGAACAAUUUAAGGCACUAGAAGAAAGUGGAGCCUUGCUAGAAAGUGGAACAUAUGAUGGAAAUUUCUAUGGUACCCCUAAACCUCCAGCUGAGCCAAGCCCAUUUCAACCAGAUCCAGUAGACCAAGUGCUUUUUGAUAAUGAUUUUGAUCCAGAAUCUCAAAGAAAAAGAACCACAUCAGUCAGCAAGAUGCAAAAAAUGGACAGUUCAUUUCCUGAAGAAGAGGAGGAGGAAGAAAAGGAAGCAGUUAAUGGUAGUGGAGGCACAGCUGUAGAAAACAAAGAAAGACAUUCAGAUUCUUCCGACUGGAUGAAGCCUGUUCCUAGUUACAGUCAGACAAGUAGUUCGAUGGAUUUCAGAAACUAUUUAUCAAGGGAAGAAAAUCUAGAGCCUCUACCCAAGAACUGGGAGAUGGCAUACACAGACACAGGCAUGAUCUACUUCAUUGAUCACAACACCAAAACUACCACCUGGCUGGAUCCUCGCCUUUGUAAAAAAGCCAAAGCUCCUGAAGACUGUGAAGAUGGAGAGCUUCCAUAUGGUUGGGAGAAAAUAGAAGAUCCUCAGUAUGGAACAUACUACGUUGAUCAUAUUAACCAGAAAACCCAGUUUGAAAAUCCAGUUUUGGAAGCCAAACGGAAAAAACAGCUAGGACAGACAGAUGGAGGCCCUUCAAAUCCAGAACCAGUGAAGUCUCUCUUCACCCGAGACCCAUCCCAAUUGAUAGGAGCACUCAUGCGGACAUCAUUGAAGAAAAGCAGUAUGGGCUUUGGCUUCACAAUCAUUGGUGGAGACAGACCAGAUGAGUUUCUGCAGGUGAAGAAUGUACUGAAAGAUGGACCAGCUGCACAGGAUGGCAAAAUUGCACCAGGUGAUGUCAUUGUGGACAUAAACGGCACAUGUGUCUUGGGCCAUACCCAUGCUGAUGUUGUCCAGAUGUUUCAAUUGGUUCCUGUCAACCAGUAUGUGAAUAUGACUCUGUGUCGUGGAUACCCUCUUCCUGAUGAAAAUGAGGACCCUGUUGUAGAUAUUGUUACAGCCACUCCUGUCUUAAAUGGUCAGCAAAUAGUAAAAGGUGAUACUUGUAUGAUCAACCAAGAGUUAAUACCUGGAACAAUGGUUUUGGACCAGAAUGGAAAGUCAGGGCAUAUCUUACUCAAUGGACGCUUGAAUGGACCUUCCACAGACCUUAGUGAACAGAGGUCCUCCGUGUCUUCUUCAGGAUGCUCUCAAGCAGAACUGGUCACUAUUCCUCUGAUCAAGGGACCUAAAGGUUUUGGAUUUGCAAUAGCUGACAGCCCUGUAGGGCAGAAGGUGAAGAUGAUCUUAGAUAGCCAGUGGUGCCAUGGCCUUCAGAAAGGGGAUAUAAUUAAAGAGAUUUAUCAUCAGAAUGUGCAGAACUUAACUCACCUUCAGGUGGUAGAAGUACUGAAGCAGUUUCCAGUUGGAGCAGAAGUGCCACUGCUUAUCCUAAGGGGAGGCCCUUCCUCACCUACUAAAAGUUCCAAUGUUGUGAGUAUUGAUAAUAAACUAGAUAAGCAAGAAAAUUCAGGAAGCCAAGAGACCAUCAGUGAGUCAGCCCCACAACCCAUGCCUUUUCCACCCAGCGUUCUAAGGUCAGCGUCCCCAAAGCUAGACCCUUCAGAAGUCUACCUGAAGUCUAAAACAUUGUUUGAAGAAAAACCUCCAAAUACAAAGGAUUUGGAUGUUUUUCUUCGAAAGCAAGAGUCUGGCUUUGGCUUCCGUGUUCUUGGAGGAGAUGGUCCAGAUCAGUCAAUCUACAUUGGAGCCAUUAUCCCACUGGGUGCAGCAGAAAAAGAUGGUAGACUCCGUGCUGCUGACGAGCUGGUAUGCAUUGAUGGUAUCCUGGUCAAAGGGAAAUCACACAAGCAGGUUCUGGAUUUAAUGACUAGUGCUGCACGAAAUGGCCAGGUGCUGCUGACUGUCCGCAGAAAGAUCUUCUUUGGUGUAGAUAAACAACUAGAAGAAGAAUCAUCACCCCAAGUUCCCAUUUCCUCGCAGAACGGCUCUCCUAGGCUAAACCGAGUAGAGCUACACACAAAGCAAUUCCCAGAAGCCUAUGAUGUUGUGCUGCAACGGAAGGAGAAUGAAGGAUUUGGCUUUGUGAUUCUUACCUCGAAAAACAAGCCACCACCUGGUGUGAUUCCACAUAAGAUUGGGCGUGUCAUUGAAGGGAGUCCAGCUGAUCACUGUGGAAAACUGAAAGUGGGAGAUAGAAUUUCAGCAGUGAAUGGCCAGUCAAUCGUAGACCUCUCACAUGAAAACAUUGUGCAGUUAAUCAAAGAUGCAGGGAACACUGUCACACUCACUGUUGUUGCUGAAGAAGAGCAUCGUGGUCCCCCAUCAGGAACAAACUCUGCCAAGCAGAGUCCAGCCCUACAGCAUCGGCCAGUGGGAACAGUGCCAGCCAGCUCUUUGCCUACUGACAGGAGUGCUAUAGAAGCUGAUACUGGAAAAGAACAAUGCAACAGUUUCAAGCACCUCUCAUCAUCGGAAGGUGUUUCAUCUGUCACAGGAAGCAAACUAUCUCAGAUCCCUGGAUGUUAUCCUGUAGAAUUGGAGAGAGGUCCUCGAGGUUUUGGAUUUAGCCUUCGUGGAGGAAAGGAGUAUAACAUGGGGUUGUUUAUUCUUCGGCUUGCUGAAGAUGGCCCUGCCAUUAAAGAUGGGAGAAUUCAUGUUGGGGACCAGAUUGUUGAGAUCAAUGGGGAGCCAACCCAAGGAAUCACCCAUACCCGAGCCAUUGAAUUGAUUCAGUCUGGAGGAAAUAAAGUUCUCCUCCUUUUGCGACCAGGAACCGGCUUAAUACCAGAUCAUGGUGAUCUGGAUAGUUUGAAUCCAACGUCCUCAAGUGUAACACAUGGUGAACAGACACCACUUCCCUCAUCUUCACAUUCUGCUUCCACAUCUGAAGCAUCUCAUUUGCCAGGACCAGAAGAAGCUUUAGUGAAAGUCCAGAUGCCUGAGAAACUGGAAGAACUGAAGAAAACUGUGCCUGAAAAGAAAAGCACUUUAAUGGAAAACCACUUGGAGAUUAAGAAUGCAACUUCUGCACAAAAGAAUGUGAACAAACGGGACCACCCCUCCAGUCCAGGUGAUAAGGUGGUACACAGUACUGCACAGUUGGCAGUGGGCAAUGCAACUAGCAGAGGCAGAUCAGCCAGCCCAAAAAAGUUGAGCAAUAGUACUUCCAAAGGCUAUAAUCAAGCACCAUGUAACAGCCCUCGAAUGGGUGAACCUAAAAAAACCGCCAAGGGUUGCUUAGACCAGCCAGAAAGUCCCAAAAGACGUGAAAGCAAGCACCCAGGAACCACUGAGAGUGCAGAUAUUGGGAAAGUCCCUGUCAAGGAAAAGAGAGGCAGAUCUGCCAGUCCCCAGAAAUAUCCAAAGAAAGAAAGAAGCAGAGAUAAUCUGAACACAGAGCAAAGAUUAACAGAAUUUAAAAGUGGAACACCUGUUAGUGAAAAGCACACAACUGUGCUACCAAUAGAAAAAGUGAAAUUAGGAGGCAAAAAAGAAGUCACAAAGCAAAACAUAUCUGGGAAGGAUGAGAAAUACCCUUCAGAGGCAGCACAUUACAAGUCAGAGGAGCAGUCUCUUCCGCUUUCUGAGGCUAAUCAGCUUAGAAAGAAAACACUGGAAGAUGAAAAAAUUAAAAGCUCUAGCCAAUUAAAGAUGGCAGGUCUUCCUGAUGAUUCAGUACUUUUUGGGAAUAACAACGCUAGGCUUGAAGCAGAAGAGCCUGUUGUCCUGAACAAAUACAGAGACAAUGACUUGGAGCCAGCUGAUAAAACCAAAGAGGAUGGAGUUUUCAAAACUGAGAGCAGAUCUCCUGUGAAGAAAGCUAUAUCUCCUGGACCUUGGAAGGUACCAAGUGCAAGCAGAGUCACAAAAGCAACAGGUGUGACUGACAAACGGGUUUGACUGACAAACUUUUUUUAGAACAUAUUUUAAUCAGGUUUCUAAUGUGGCCACUUAAAACAGUUUUUCUUUUCACAAAACUGUCAUUUUUUUCAGACACUGUGAUGAACAGAAAGUACAUUUGAUUGGAAGUUAAAUUAGGCUGCAUGAAGGACCUUUUGGAUUGCAUAUAUGGAACUCUUCAAAAGCUACUGUCCUUUGGUCCCUUUGAAGGUGGUGUCCUGCUGCUCCUGAUGUUGCACUGCUAAGGCUUUCUGAUAGUAUUGUGAGAUAAUGAACAAAAUUAUUUAAUGCCUAUUAUCAGUGUAAUCAUGACUCACUACUCUUGUUCUUGUGCCAAGUUAUCUACUGUAUCCUGUUGAAUCUUCUGCAUUUUCCACUGCCACAGAAAAGGGGAAAAAAAGUUUAAAAAUGAGUAUUUACUCAAGCAUGCUGCAUGUUUACAUAGGGAAUAUUUCUGAGUUCUCGCUGCUCAAGCAAGAAGUUAGAUGUGCUUGGUUUUCUUGGCUCUCUGGAGUCAGGGAGCAAACAUGCCCCAAAUGCCUUUUUUUCACAAAGCUCUCUUCCACCCUCCUCAAACCUGUCAAUACCAGCAUAAUAACUUUAAACAGGACAGUGCCCCUUUAUAUGUGUUUUUUGUCAUUUGCUCUCUUAACUACUUUGUUUGAGUUGUCAGUUCCAACUUUGUGAUACAAAUUUACAUCUGAAAGCUGAGUAGUUUUAAAAUCACAACAGUUCUCUUAAUUUCAGCAUGAUUAUAUUGAAGUAAGUGGCUUCAGGAUUGCCAUGAAAUUAUAUCCUGAUUAUUAUUAUUUAACAAGCACUUUUAACAUUAGUUAUUAAACAUGCAGAGUGUGCAUAUGCUUUCUAGCUUACUGCCAUGCUGUUUGUCAGCAUCUCCCAUCUGUUGUUUGGUUUUUUGCUUAAUGCUGUCUAAACGCUUGAAUAUUUCCUGCCUUGGCUCAAAAUUCAAGAUUUUAAAACACAGCAGAGUAAACCAAUCCACCAAAGUCAAAUUCUCAAUAAUUGUCCUUGCUUAUCGCUAUUACUAGAAGUCUGUUACCUUACUUUGUUUUCCAUUUUUUUAUGUACCUCUUACUUCCGCGUGAGUGUAAAUAUGAUAGUGAGGAAUGUUAGCAUUGGAGCACAUUUGCACCUCAGACGUGGUUAAUUGUGAUGGGAUUUGAGGAGAUGGCAAGCCGUAAGAAUGGAGAGUUUGAAUUUUACAUCAUUCUAGCAAUGGAUUUGGCAGCCUCUGAAUGAGCUUUUGUGAGUUUGAUCCAUCUCAGCAAAGAGUAUGAUCCAUGCCCCUUGUUACCCUAAAUCAAAGAUUUCCACAUUUUGUCAGGGAUCUUCCCCCUCCAGUAGGCUCUCUUAAUUUUAUUAGACUUCUUUCUUCCAGCUUUCAAGUCUUGUUCUCUAGUUUUAUUUUUAACAAGACCUUUCCUUUUUCUGGUUCCACCCUGCCAACUCGUAUUUUAUUCUUUCCCCCUUUCUUUUCAAACUUAUUUUCUUUCCUUCAUCCAUUAGUUUCUCUUCCAGUCCUUUUUUACCUGUUCUGUUAGCUACUGUGUAUAAGUGAUAAUUUCUCAAACAUGCAGAAUGUUUUGUAGUGGAACUUUCAUUGCUUGUGUGUGUGUGUGUGUUCGUUUUGGGAAUGUCUUAAUGCAAUAUCUGGUUAAUAAGUUCUGCAAGUUCUUUAGUGUUUUGAGCUUGUUUUGCUUUUUGCGCGGGUUGUGUGUGUUUGAGAUGGGACAAAACAAGUUCCUUCCAGCAUAGCAGCACUGUGGCAAAUGGAUGUCUGCAAAUUAAGGACACAUUGUUAAUAUUGCCUUUUAAGAACUCUACUACUGCUAACAUUCUUCUCCCUUCCUCUCCCCCCUAUAUUGUGAAACCCCUAUCUACUAAAGAAAAAAAAUGCAGUAAUAUUUUUCUUGCACAGUAAUGUCCAAGCAUUAAAAAAAUCUAAUGGUGGCAUUCCUUUCUUGCUGACAUAUUAACCCUUUCUUUUUAUCAGUUGCACUCUACUUUAGGCAAUCUGGCAGUCAGUUUUACUGCUCUGUUGAACUGAAUGAGACAAGCUUCUCCACUUCCUUUGCAUGUGCAGUAACUACUGUUACUGUGGCACUUCCCCUGAGCCAGUAGGAAUAAGAGAAAAGUCAUUCCCAUUGCUGUUUGAAAAUAUUUAUCUGUAUAGAGCGCAUCUAUCUGCUCAAAGUUUUACCAUUUCUGUUCCAUUUUCACUUUUGCAUGACACUGCUCAGCCUUAUUCUGGAGAACAGCUGAAGUUGGCAUUGUGUCAUAGUAACUACAGGCUUGCCACUGAGGGCUUUAGCGAUGUCACUUUCAGAAGAUUAUUGCUUUGCAUUCAACUCAAUUGCUGACAUACCCUUUUCCCCUAGCCCUGCUGGGUCUGAAUGCUUUGAGUGUGAUGGGGAAUAGAUUGGUGCAGAUAUCUAGGAUUGUGGUAAUCAUGUGAACUCUUGAAAUGGACUGAUUGCUGAAGAAUGAAAUUCCUUUGAUGCUGUCUGUGUGAGAUAUGAUUUCACAAUUGAAGCCUGGAAUACUACUUCAAGAGGUGUACUUGCUUGGUGCUAUUGUUACUCGUUUUGUAUGACUAUCCUUGUGUGGUUGCUGUGCUUAUCCUGCUAGCUUGAUCAGAAGCAACUGACUUAAGUGACAUCCAAUUGCCCAUUUAAAAGCACUAGGUCUCUAGAAAGCUGUUGAUUAGCCCUUUCCUCACCACCACCUCUCAAGCUGACCAUUGCAAUGACAGUGAAAAUGCUUGAGAAGGAAAAGUCGAAAGCAUAAACGUACCUGUAAUCAGAGCCUCAAUAGGAUGCCUGAUAGCGUUGGUCAGAAUGGGAAAUUGAAAGUUGCAAGGUUGUCUAUGGUGCAAUAGUCCUGCACUUUCAUGAUGGAUUGUUACUCAUGUGGCACCCAGAAACAUAUACUUGGUGUGAUGAUGCACAUUUAAGUUAUGUUAGAACAUCUGUUCACCUUUUAAAAAAUUUGUGCAAGGUGUAUGUAUGUUGGCUGUGAAUUUACAGUAUCUUACAGUUCCACAUGGGUUUGUGCUUUUUAUUUUUAAAUGGUGUUUUCCCAUCUCAACAAUAUCUGUAUUGCUUAUUAAUUUCCCUGAGUUUUUAAAAGUUUAAUGUGGCUCAAACGAAUUUGUUUUGAACAGGAGGUUUGGACUUGGUUUUCCUAAGCAUUUCUGUUCUUAAGAGGAAAUUGUUUUUUAAAAGACUAAGAGAUGGUUAAACUCUUAAUAUUAAGAAAAUUGUUUUUUGAAGUGUCUUUUGUUCUCUCAUUUAAGAACUCAAGUUGCUGUAGGACGUAUGUGCAAAUAUUGUAGAAAAUUACUGUGAAAAUAUUUAAUACUUGAGUUAGCCUAUGUAGUUUAAAUACCUUGACAGACAUCAUGAAACAUCCCUUCAAGAUUCUCUUAUACUCUGUCACAGAAUAGUGUUGAAUGAAAACUGCAGAAAUAUCAAGAUGACUUAGUAAAACUAAAAUGGUUCCCCCCCUCCAUUACUCAGCAAGUAAUCAUUAUCCAUAGGCAAUUUAACCUUUAAUGGUGUGACCUAAUUUGUUGUCCUCUGUUUGAUGUGAGCCCUUCUACCCAGAGACUUUGUAUCUGUACUUAACUGCAUAAAAUGACUUUAGCAAUGUGGCCUUGGAAUGUUGAGAAACCUAUGGUUGUACUGGAUGUAAAUGUUUAUAUAUUGUACAGCACCUUUAUAUAUACUUCUAAGGUUCUGAUUAGAAAGAGACCUGUAAAUCGCUCAUUAUUUUUUAUAUAGAUACAUUAAAAAGAGACUCUAGUUCAUGGC